GGGUUUUACUUUGAAAAUAAUGUACGGAAGUACUUUUAGUUUCUUCCGGCUGACUUCCAGCAGUCUACCAAAUUCGUUGAACUUUGGCUAUUUUAAUAGCUAAGUAAGUCUUUCGUCGUUCAAAUAUUCAGCUCUGUAUUUUAUUUGAUCACUUACAAGUGUGUGCUGUUCGACAAAGACUUGUUAUUCAUAUAUAUUAAGGUUAUAUCCUCCAACCGGUAAUUGAAACUAACUUCUCUGGCUAGCGUUAGCUAAGUUAGCUAGGCUAACCACUCCAUGGCGCCUCUCCGGGUCCUGUGCAUUCACGGUUACCGUCAGAACGGCAGCUCGUUCCGGGAAAAGACGGGAGCGCUGCGGAAGCUGUUGAAGAAACACGUGGAGCUCGUUUACCUGAGCGCACCUCACAGUGUCCAGCAAGCCAGCAGUGAAGCUCCAGAGAAGGAGAAUGGCUCAGGUCCUGGACCUGGAGGUGACGAGGACCCCAAGGGUUGGUGGUUUUCUGACGUCCAGGCUCGGAGUUUCAGCGCUCAACAGCAGUGUGAGGAAAGUCUGGGGCUCGACGAGAGUGUGGCGGCUGUGAGAGAAGCUGUGAAGGUCCAAGGUCCAUUUGACGGCAUCCUGGGCUUCAGUCAGGGAGCAGCUUUUGUGGCCAUGUUGUGCUCUCUUCAGGAGCAAAAACUGGAGCCAGAUUUCAGCUUCCACUUUGCCAUUCUUGUCGCUGGUUUCCCCAGCGCAUGUAAGAAGCACCAAAACUUCUACAACCCUCCCCUCCAGAUCCCCUCCCUGCAUGUGUUUGGACUGGAAGACCGAGUCAUCCCUGACAACAUGAGCAGGGAGCUCCUCCCCUCCUUCCAAGACCCUCAGGUCUUGACACAUCCUGGUGGCCAUUUUGUUCCUGCUGCCUCUGCUCACAGACAAGCUUACCAGGACUUUCUCAAGAGGUUCCAGUGACAAACGAAAGUCAUAGAAACUGGGCUGAAUAAGUGAAGAGCAUCGAAUAAGAACCAAACCAAAGAAUCUUGAUUAUUUAAUUUUCAGAACAAUCUUGUGACACCAUAAUUGAUUGCAGAUGCACUUUGGGUAUAAAUGCCAAGUUCAGAGUUGUGACCUCUGUUCUCUGCAAGCAAUCUUUUCCUCUGAUCUUAUCCAUCCAUACAGAACAAUGACUGCUGUCUUUCUCAGGGAAGAUGUCUUGUAACAGACCAUGAAUUAAGAGACAAUUGUUUUUUUGAUGUUUCUUUUCUGCUCUUUUGUGAGCUGUGUAAUAUCAUUAAAGUUUAUUUACUGAGACUA